CCGCGAACACGGCGACUGUCUCGGUCUUCUGCGUCACCGCCGCCGUCGACCCGCUCAGCUCCCGCCGCGGAGCUCCGCCGCUCGGCUCGGGCAGAGAAAGCAACAUCAGCAGCACCUGAACGGCGCGGCGCUCUGACCGCGGACAGCGGAGCCGCUGCUGACACGCCGCUCUAACGGACUUCGUUUGGCGGGAAAAAGAAAAGCAAAAAAUCACCGCAGAAGCUCGUUUUUGCGCCACGAGACUCCAGCCGCUCGCGCCGCUUUUCAGGAAAUAAAAACCACAUUUAAGUUCGUUUUUUUUCCUCGCAGUUCUGCAGAUUAGACGGUAAACGAGUCCGCACAGACGCAGUCCGGCCGCCUUUAGACACGAACUUUCUUUAUCGCUUCUGUGCGCCCUCGGGGUCCGGUCUGAGGCGCGCUCCCGGCGCUCUCGGCUGCUCGCUUUUCUCUCGGGAGCGCGCGCCCCUCGCUCGCUCCAGCAGACGGGAACGCGCCGCAUUCGGCCACCAUGUCCGGGGAGGAGGUGCUGAUCCCGGACGACAGGGCGUUCAGCAGCUUCAAGAGUGAGUGCUGCUCGGAAGGGGGCUGGAGCCUGACCUACAACAAGGGGGGCAUCACCGUGUGGAUCCAGAUCUUGGAGGAAGAGAAGUCCCUGCAUAAGAUUAAGUGUCGGAUGGUUUGCAAGGAUGUUUCUGCAGAAACCAUGUACGACGUGCUCCACGACAUCGAUUACCGGAGGAAAUGGGACUCGAACGUGAUUGAGACAUUCGACAUCGGCAAACUGACCGUCAACGCAGACGUCGGCUACUACUCCUGGAAGUGCCCGAAACCCCUGAAGAACCGUGAUGUCAUCACUCUGCGUUCCUGGUUGCCCAUGGGCAAAGACUACAUCAUCAUGAACUACUCCGUCAAACACCCAAAAUACCCUCCUAAGAAGGACAUGGUGCGGGCGGUCUCCAUUCAGACGGGUUACCUCAUCCAGAGUAACGGCCCCUCCAGCUGUACCUUAACUUACCUGGCGCAGGUGGAUCCCAAAGGUUCUCUGCCCAAGUGGGUUGUGAAUAAGUCUUCCCAGUUUCUGGCUCCUAAAGCGAUGAAGCGGAUUUGUAAGGCGUGUGUGAAGUACGCCGAGUGGAAGCAGAGGCAUAACCCCGGUUACAAGCCGUGGCUUUACCCUGAGCAGAACCCACUGUCCAACAUCCCUCUGACCGAACUGUCCAUCCAGCACGCGGACUCGCUGGAGAACAUCGACGAGAGCUCUCUGAGCGAGGGCAAGGACGAGCGCGCUGAGCACAGCGACGACGACGGGCCCAACUGACACUCGCGCACUCACACACGGGCCAGAGCAGCGCGAGUAAUAAGACACGCUGUAAAGGGUCCUAGAGUAAAACUGUCCACACGCAAAAUGACCAAAAUGACAAGUCACCCCCCCCCUCACAUACGUCCACAUUCCCUCUCUCUAAGGCUCUCCAACCUGUAGAUACAGUUGUAUGCAAAAGUUUGGACAAAGAAUAAUUUUCUAAAUCAAAAACGUAACAUAAACAAUAUUUGGCCAUAUUUAUGUUUUUGUUUUAUAAUAGAUGGAAAUUCUACACUAAAAUUUGUAAAUUUACAGAAAAUGCCGUAUUUAAAUUUGUUCCCGAAGCAUAAUUUGACCAGAGGCCUUUCAGUUUUUGCAUACGACUGUACAUACAGUACUCUGCAGAGGUUUUAGGCACCUGAGACGAUUAUAUUUCAGUAUUUAUUCGCUCAUAAAAACACUAACAUUAGAAUAAAUACAAAUAACAAGUGAUUUGACUUACUGUGUUCACUCAAACAUUUCCAUACUGUUCUUUGAGAAAGCUUGGUAUUAUUUGUAGAUAUAUUUGAUUUGUCUAAUCAGUACUUCAUUAAAUGAAGUCAGAUGUGCUGGUGGUGAGGAGAUCUUUACAAUGACUGGGAAUCUUUUUGAAAACAAGACAUUUUGUGUUACUUUACUGCAUUAAUGUUUGUUUGCAUUUCUUCUAAUGUUAUUUGGAAUUCUUUCAAGCAAAAUCACAUUUAUUACCUUAAUAAAUGGUUUCAUACAAUUUGCUUGGGCGCCUAAGACUUUUGCACAGUACUGUGUAUAUAUGCAUACACUGAGUUGCCACUUUAUUAGGUACCUUGUACCUACACUCAUUGGUAUCCCUACCAACAACUACAGACUGGAGCUCUUUAUCAGCCCCCUCUCUACCCCCCCAUUCAUCACUGGUCAGUUUCUGAUCACACUGGUAGGAGUGUAUCAGGCUGUGUCCACUUUAUUGGAAACCCCUCCUUGUAGCUAGUAAGUCCACUAUAUACAUACAAUUAUAGACUGUAGCUCAUCUGUUGAAGCACAGUUUGCAUUUGUCAUCCUCUGGCCUUUCAUCAGUGGUCAGUGUCUGACCACAGAGCUACUCUUGGCUGGAUAUUUUUGGGCAGUGGUCUGCUCUCCAGCUAGCUGUGACAUCACUGUGAAUGAGACACUUGUACCAGCACCAUAAACACUACCACGUCUCUGUCACUGCUGUGAUGAUAAUGAUGCACCAAACCAAUAAUAUGUGGGCAACAGCGGUCAGAAAAUGGCUAAUGAUGAAUGAGAUAAAGGGGGGCUGACAAGCUGUUCAUCAACAGAUGAGCUCCAGUCUGUAAUUGUACCCACAUAUUGGACGAUGAGUGGAAGCACAAGGUAGGUGUUUCUAAUAAAGUGGCCACUGACUGUAUAUGUAGUGUCUGCACCACUUUGUACUUCUGAUCACCACUGCAGAGUUACAGCCCUCUUUGCGGAGGAAGCGCUCUUGAUUGUUUGUGCCCCCUUUAAAGUGUGUAGUGAUGCACUGGAGCAUCACGGCGCUUUCUGCUCCAAACACUAGAGCGGAUUCGGUGAAUGAAUGAAUGUAGUGCAAUUUAAAGUCAAGUAAAAAACUCGGAUCCAUGUCCGGAACUUUUGGCAAUA